AUGAACCCUGAGAACGACAAAUUGGAUACACUAAGAGAGUGGUCUGAACCUCGAUUUAAAGCAGAUCAUAGAUACAUUGGCCUUGAUCUCUCCCCAAAAGGCUUGUUUUGGUGUACCUCAAAUGGAGCUCUUGGCUUUUCUGCGUCGGAAUCUGGUAAAGAAGGCGUGCCCACUUUUUCUCCAUCUUUCCAAAAGGCUUCUUUACCUGUACGGUUAUGCGACUGGAAGCUAUCCGGUGACGCUUCCUCGUUUGCUUACGGAGGGGAUGAAGUUGACCUAUCUGUAUGGGAUACAACUCGGGCUUUCGAAACCAACCUUUCCCCAAGCGAAGACUCUCAAUCCGAUCGAAACUUUAGUUAUUCGAAGAAAAGAAAACGGGGAGAUAGCUUAUUCCCAGCAGAAAUAUGGAGAGCGAAAAACCUUCCAAAUGAUUCACUAAGCUUGCGCCAACCAAUUCACAUCACGUCCCUUUCCUACCUAUCUUCGAACAUCGCCUCAGCGAGUACCAACGUGCAUUUGGUAACUGGGACACAUACUGGCGACGUCAGGCGCUACGACACUCGAGCAGCGCGUAGACCAGUCGCAAACUGGGCGGGCAUUGGCAAAGUAGGCGGUAUAAGCGUCGUCCAGGCCGGAACUUCAGAGCACGAGCUCUUCGUAGCGGAUAACGGGACAAAUCUCUCAGCUCUAGAUCUUCGAAACGGCAGGACGAUAUACUCGUACAAAAAACUUCAAGGCGCUGUGACGUCUCUUGCACCUUCCUCAGACGGGCUCCUCGGCUCCACCUGCCGUGACCGUUUCUUCCGACUUCAUACUACUUUCCCACCUCCAUCGGUUGCAGGUGCUCAACAGGAGGAGCGUGGUGAAGUCGUAGGCACGUUAUACAUGAAAUCUGUCCCGACUGCGGUUGUCUGCUGUGAAGAAGACGUUACAAAGGCAAAGAAAGGCAGGUCAGAUAACGAAGAUAGUGAAGGCGAGGAUGGCGAGGACGAGGAUGUCUGGGCUGACAUGCAAGACGUCGGCGAGAGCGAUGAAGAAGAUGGUGUUCGUCCAAAAGAUAAACGACGGUCAUAA